CGGAAAAAAUUGAUAGUUGUAUCUGCAGGAUCGCGCUGCGCAGUUCUCCCCCUCGCACCCAGCCUUCUGGGCCAUCGCCGUCGGCUGCUCUGCUCUGCCAUGGUCAUCCCCGCUGCUGUCCCGGUGCCAUGCCGACAUACACCAUCCGGGGCAUUCAAGUCGAGUUCCCGUAUGAUGCCUACGAGUGCCAGAUUGCGCUCAUGGAGCGGGUCAUUGGUGCGCUCGAGACGGGUAACAAUGCGCUGAUCGAGUCGCCCACCGGGACCGGCAAGACCGUCUGUCUGUUGUGCGCCGCCCUGGCCUGGCGAUCGGCUUUCCUGGCCAGAUCUCAGCGGAGCCAAAAGUCGGCCGGCCGGCUCGCCCAAAGGGACAAGCCAGCCUCCUUGGAUCGUCGGGCAGUCGACGGGCCCGGCCAAGCAUCGAAUCCGAAUCCACCUGCCGAGGCAGUCCCUACGAUCUAUUUUUCCUCAAGAACUCACUCGCAACUGACACAGGCGAUCCAUGAAUUGCGAAACACAUCAUACAGACCGCGGAUGGCUCCGUUCGGCAGCCGGGAUCAAAUGUGCAUUCAUCCACAGAUCUCGAACGCACCCUCGUCGUCGAUCAUGUCUGCCCAGUGCGUCAAGAGCAUCAGGACAGAGAGUUGCAGCUUCUACCGACGGGUCGAUGUGGUUGCCCACCGACAGGAAUUCGCCCACAGCAUCCUGGAUAUCGAGGAGCUUGUCAGUCGCGGCGCUCAACAUCAGGCCUGUCCAUAUUACAUUUCCAAGCACAAUGUUCGCGGCGCCGAAGUUGUCUUUGUUCCGUACAGCUACCUGAUCGACCCGCUUGUGAGAAAGUCGCUAGGGAUCACACUGAGUAAUGCCGUCAUUAUCUUUGACGAGGCGCACAACAUGGAGAGUGCCUGUACAGAGGCUGCGUCGUUUGAGCUCACGCCGACCGAUCUGGCCAAUGCCAUUAUCGAGAUUCGGCGAUGCCAGGACAUUGCAAGCUCGCCCCUAUACCCUGUCGACGAACCCUCGGUAUCGGACUUUGCCAAGGUCGAAGAUCUCAUCCUGAGAUUUGAAGCAGAGCUGUCGACCGUGUCCAAGGAGCUCGACCAGAAUCGCCAGGUCCUCAAAGAGGGAAGCUUCAUCUUUGAGCUGUUCUCGAAGCUGGGCAUCACAUUUACGACGAUCGAGCCGCUCUUUGCUAUCCUGAGCCAUGCGUCGCUGCUCUUGGCCGAGGGUGGCAACGACAAGGCGCAGCCUCCUCCAGCCGGGAUCUAUGUCUUCAAAAGCGCCCUUGAGGUGGCGUUUCGCGGAAGCAGCGCCGAUCUCGCGGACACCUGCAAGAGCUACAAGGUUUUUAUCCAAGAAGUAUCCGAGGACGCCGCCGCUCCCUGGAAAGCGGGCGAAGCGCGGUCCAGCAAGACCAGGCGCCUCGGGAAUCUAGUGAUCAACUUUUGGUGCAUGAAUGCAGGCGUUGUCAUGAAAGAUCUAUCCCAGAACGGGGUGCGGUCGAUCGUGAUGGCCUCUGGCACACUGAAUCCUCUGGAUGGUUUUGCAAUGGAAAUGGGAAUACCGUUCCCAUAUCGGCUCGAGAAUCCGCAUAUCAUCGAUCCGCAGCAAAUGCUGGUGCUAGCCCUCAGCCGGGGGCCGUCCGAGAAAACCCUCAACUCGAGCUAUGCCAACCGGCACAAUCCCGAGUACAUCCAGGAGCUCGGCAGUAUGCUGGCCAACUUUGUGGUCGUCAUUCCCGACGGCAUGCUUGUGUUUUUUCCCUCGUAUGCUGCGAUGAAGAGCUGCUGCGACUACUGGGCUAUUCCGCCCCUGACCGGCGGGAACUCCAUCAUCAACAGAAUCAAGAAGCACAAGGAUUUGGUGAUAGAACCACGCGGGAAGGAGGAUUUCGGAGAGGCCAUGAAGCAGUUCUAUGACAAGCUCAACGAUGGCCGCUUUGGCGGCGCCGUCUUCUUUGCGGUCUGUCGGGGGAAAGCCAGCGAGGGGCUGGAUUUUAGCGAUGCUCGCGGACGAGCCGUUGUCAUAUGCGGCAUUCCGUUUUCAGCUACUACGGACCCCAAGGUCAACUUGAAGAAGAACUACUUGGACGAAGUCCGACAGAACGCGCGGAGUCAAGGAAAACAGCACAUGUACAUCUCAGGCCAGAGCUGGUACAAGCAAACAGCCUCUCGGGCGGUCAAUCAAGCCGUCGGCCGCGUCAUUCGCCACCGCAAGGACUACGGCGCGAUCAUCCUUUGCGACGAGAGGUUUCAGAAGGCAGAGCAGCUCGGGCAGUUGCCUGCAUGGAUCCGUCCGCAUGUCCAGAAGCUCACCCGAUUUGGCCAAGCAGCGCAGGCCAUCUCUCAGUUUUUCAAACGAGUCAAGCGGCUGGAUCUUGACGGGAUCCAUCAGCCCCCCAAAGUCCUCGGUACCAACUUUGUCGCUGCGGACCCGCCAAACAUGCCCCCGGCGAUUGCCACUCCCAACCCCAUUGCCGUACCCCGCUUGGAAACCCGAAUGCCCCCUCCUCCACCUCCUCAUCUACCGGCAUCCGGGCUGGCAAUCACGAAGCAACCCAGGCCUCUGACAACCAGCGUUGCCAACGUCGAAUGGACCGCCCACAACCCGCGACCGAGUGGUGAGCGUUCUUCUGGGUACUCCCAAGCCAUGACCCGGAUGCUCUCGGCAAAGGUUGACCAGAUCGACUCGGCCAAGCAGCGGCAGCUGCUCGAAGUCCUCCACAAACAGCAGCUCGCUCGGAAGCAGAGACGACCCGAGCCCUAUUCCAGCGCUCAUGCGUUGCCAAAAUCCGCGGCGAUCCGUGCAAACCCGUCGCUGUUACCAUCGGCGGUGUCGUCAUUAUCGUCACUGUCGUCGUCAUCGUCGUCAUCGAUCCAAGGACCACCAACACUACCGACACAUAUGCCACCUGCACAAAUGCUACCGGCGGCAUCAGCCCCACCAAUAUCAUCGCUUCCACUCUCCGCUGCAGCGCCAUUACCAACAGCACUUGUGGCGCCGUCGCGAUCGGCACGCUCGACCCAUGACUCUGCUCCCAAAGAGCCGCAGGCAGUAUCUGAGACACACGGGGCCGUAGGGCUGACGAGACAGACGGAUUUGGACGUCUCGCUGUCCCGAAUGAACAUGCACUGCGAGGAGUCCAGCGAGAGCCACAAGCGAACUGUCACCAAGGGUGCUGUCGCACCAACGGUCGAACCAACCCCAGCCAACCCGACGGAUCCAAUCGCGGUGCGAAAGGAGUCUGGCCAGCCCGCUGUCGAAAGUGUCAAGCAAAGCAAGGACUCCUCCCGGCGCAAGCGCAAAUCUGGUGGCCCGCUCGCACCGGCGCUCCAGUACAAACAGCAUGUCAGGGCGGUGCUCUCGCGCGCUGCUUGGGACCAGAUCCGCCAUGCCAUCGAACAGUACCAGCAGCAGGCCGUCACCGUCGAGGGGCUCUUGACAGCCAUCCGCGAGAUCUUUGUUCCGUACAUCAAAGCCGAGCUGGCACUGCGCGGGGCGGCCCAGGUCUUUGGCUUGCGAGCGGCCGAUCUGGAGCAGCUGCCGACAACGUUUGAGCUGUUCCAUCGGUUCAGCAUGUUUGUUCCGUCGCGACGCAAGCAGCUCUUCCAGAAAAUUGUCUCUGAGCUGCAGCAGGACUUUGUUGAUGGAUAGAAUUCUUCUUUGGGCCUUCCUGGGCCGGCGGACUGAACCCGAAGAAAGCAAGCGCCGCUAAUCCAAUGACACUCUUGAUGAGAAUGGUCGUGUCGAUCGCCGAAGCCAGUCCCGAUCCAGAAAAGUGUAGAGAAUAGACGAUUGAUGGAUUGCCCCC